GGUUAGCUGCCUGGAUUACUCUCAGUGACAAAUAUAGGAGAUUGGUCAGUGGGGUGUUUACAGAUUUCAGUUUCGAAUUAAUUUAGAGCAACUUUGUGAAUGUCUUUGUGUUUUGCGCAUGUUUGACUUUUAAGCUGAAACAAGAAUCAUCAUCAUUGAUAAUAACUCAUCAAUUUCAGGAAGUUGAAUUGGAAACACUGACCUACGAUGUCAACAGCCGGCCAGGGGAUUAAGUGCAAAGCAGCAGUUGCAUGGGAGCCUGGAAAGCCCCUGUGCAUUGAAGAUGUGGAAGUAGCUCCUCCUGGGGCCAAUGAAGUCAGAAUUAAGGUCGUUGCUACAGGCGUGUGCCACACAGACUGGGAAUACCUGUAUGAGAGUAAUACUGGAAUGAAGUUCAGACCAUUCCCAUUAGUUCUCGGCCAUGAGGCAGCUGGAAUAGUGGAGAGUGUCGGUCCACAAGUGACCAAGUUCUCACCAGGGGAUCAGGUUAUUCCUCUUUUUCUGCCACAGUGCCAGGAGUGUGAGCAAUGUCAGAGUUCAAAAACAAAUCACUGCAGGAAGAACUGGGCAACCAUGCAAGGGGGUGUGAUGUGUGAUGGCACAAGCAGGAUAAGUUGCCAGGAUCGGCAAGUUUACCAGUUCCUAGGUGUCAGUACUUUCUCCCAGUACACCGUGGUUCCUGAUACCUCUCUUACAAAGAUAAGGAGUGAUGCCCCGCUGGACAAAGUGUGCCUGCUGGGCUGUGGUGUGUCCACUGGUUAUGGUGCUGCUCUUAAAACCGGAAAGGUUGAAAAAGAUUCCACGUGUGCCGUGUUCGGGCUCGGUGCUGUUGGACUGGCUGCAGUUAUGGGCUGCAAGGCUGCCGGAGCGAGAAGGAUCAUCGGGAUCGACAUCAACUCUGACAAGUUUGAAAAAGCCAUGAAGCUCGGAGCGACUGACUGUGUCAACCCCAAAGAUCAUGAGAUGCCCAUCCAGGAGGUCAUUCUGGAGAUGACAAAAGGAGGAGUGGACUUCGCUCUGGAGUGUGUUGGAAGCCCGUUUGUCAUGACCGCGGCACUGGAGUCUACAACAGACGCAUGGGGCCUGUGUGUCAUUGCUGGUUGGACAGAGACCGAAACGAUGAGUGUUUCUGUUGAAAAGAUCCUGAUGGGACGCACCUUGAAGGGGACUUAUUUCGGAGGUUGGAAAAGUGUGGAGGAUGUUCCUAAACUGGUGGAUGACUACAUGAACAAGAAGCUGAAUCUGGAUGAGUUCAUCACACACAAAGUCCCACUGGAUCAGAUCAACACGGCCUUUGACAGACUGAGUACUGGAAAGGGCAUCCGAACUGUAAUCAGUAUGUGGUAAAGGGAGAGAUAAGACCAUGAAUCUACCAUCUUUGUUUUUCUGAUGGUUUCCUGGAGACAAGUCAUCAGUGUAAUUUUUUUUCUUAUGUUAUGUUUGUGCUGUUUUUAUAGAGCUUCGAUGUUGCAGGUUUCCUGUUCCUGACUUUGCAGCAAAUGAGCACAUUGGCCACUAGAUGGCAGUCUAAUGUCAUGUAAAAUGAUCUGUUUCUGUCUGAGCAUGCCUUCAAACUUCUAGACUAUCACUGAUGAAGAUUUGUAUCUUUUAUCUUUGGGAUUCUGCAUUUAUAAUCAGAUAAGGCAAAGUAUUUUUUGUCUUGUAAUCAAAACUUAAAUUAAAAGGAGAAACAGCUCAAGAUGUUUAUUUUGGUUUUGUAAAGUGAAAGAAAAAUGUUUGGCAAAGCUUCUACAUAAAUUAUUUUGUGGCAUUAAC